AUGGACAAUUUGCAUCCGACACUGGAAACUCCCACAAUUCCUCUCCACCAAUACGCGUAUAGCCCAUCGACAGAUUCUCCCAUUAGCUGGCCAGCCAGUAUCGAAAGUUUCAACGCUGGGUACAACUCAUCAGAAAGCCUGAGCACUCCCAUGACUGAGCAUUCUUCAACAUUUGGCUCAACCGCAUUCGAGGAAAGCAGCCCAGCCACAACAACGGCCAUGUAUACAACGAUGCGAUCCUCGGAACCUCCAACGUGGACGCCCGAGUAUUGGAUGGCCCAGAAUUCGAUACCAGUGCAAGGCUUACCUACCGAUACCUUCCCCUAUCAUAUACCUCUCCAAGUUACCCCCAACGAGGAAAAUACCUCGACGGUGCCAAUACUGUCCGGGCUUGCUACAAAGCCUACAGAGGCUUGGGCGGGCUACACAGAGGAGACUUACGCUCGCCAUGGUGCGAAUCUAGGACCAUAUCCUACAGAAAGAAUGCCGACACUAGCGACGUCGGAGAAGGGGACAUAUUAUGUUCCACAACUACAGAAUUUAUCGCCCGAUGAUAUAGAAACCAUGAGCAGACGCUGGGCAAUGACUGGGCUGCCUUAUGCCACAACUGUGUAA